UUGAAGCACUGGCUGAACCGGCCUUCCUGCCCUCCGGUAUUCAGAGAUGUAAAAUCUUUAUUUGACAGAUUUGUUUCUCCCACAGUCGACGCCAUAAUUGAAGAUUCCCUACGAGCCGUCCUGCAUGCCCGCGUAACUUACAAGGGAUCAAUCUACACUCGUGAAUCCACUCAUGUGGGAAACAGCCUGGUUCUCUACUAUCCUGACGGCGUUAUGCACACGCAAAUACCAGGAACCAUUAGAUACAUUUUCAGGACCAAGGAUGGAUUGGGCUUUGCUGUGCAGCACCACCUCCCGCUGCACUCUUACCCAGACCCUUUUCGCCAUUAUCCUUACUUCCCGGCUCAAUUACAUUCGUCAUCGCGCGCUGAUCACCUUGAGGUCGUCAGGCCUGAGUGGGUAGUGUCGCACUUCGCACGGUGGAACUUUUCUCCACAACACAUCGUUGCCGUGUCUCUG